UAGAAGGAAAGCGGCCGGCCCGCAGGAAGGCGCCAAGCUCCUCCCCUCCGACGCCGAGGUCUGUCCGCGCCGGCUCCCGAAUGCCGCCCCGAGUGCCGCCCCAAACCCGCCGUUCGGGACCCUCCAGGAAAAUGUGACGCUCUACAGGUUUCAGCGUCGAGAGCACAUCACUCCGUGUUCCAGCCACUCCAGUGGGGCCUUCAGGGCCAGCGAGGGAGGCCACAAACGAAAUGGCAGCCGUGAGAAGAAGAGCCGUGGGAAGAGAAGGCGGAGAGCAGAUCAGGGGACCCAACAGAGAGGAGGAACCAGCCCAUGGCCAGGGGUGGCGUCCAGGUGGCAGAGCAGCGAGGAACGCGAGGCCGGAGCCUGGAGCCAGACCCCCCGCACAGGCCGCCAUGGUGGGCGACCCCCCGUUACCUUCCUUGCUGUGGGCACAGGAGUUGAGCCAAGUGAUGGCGAGCCGAGCCCGCAAGCUGCUGCUGCAGUUCGGGGUGCUGUUCUGCACGGUUCUCCUCCUCCUCUGGGUGUCAAUCUUCCUCUACGGCUCCUUCUACUAUUCGUACAUGCCAACAGUCAGCCACCUCAGCCCCGUGAACUUCUACUACAGGACCGACUGUGAAGACCUCUCCCCCUUGCUCUGCUCCUUCCCUGUUGCCAACGUCUCGCUGGCGAAGAGUGGACGAGAUCGGGUGCUGAUGUACGGGCAGCCGUACCGCAUCACCCUGGAGCUGGAGCUCCCGGAAUCCCCCACCAACCAAGACCUGGGCAUGUUCUUGGUGACAAUCUCCUGCUACACCAGAGGCGGCCGCAUCGUCUCCAGCAACUCGCGCUCCGUGAUGCUGCACUACCGCUCCAGCCUGCUGCAGACCCUCGACACGCUGGUCUUCUCCAGCCUGCUGCUGUCCGGCUUCCUGGAGCAGAAGCAGAUCCUGGAGGUGGAGCUGUACCAGGAUUACAGAGAGAACUCGUACGUGCCAACCACCGGGGUACUCCUCGAGAUCCACAGCAAGCGCAUCCAGAUGUACGGCGCCUACCUGCGCAUCAACGCCCACUUCACGGGGCUCAGGUACCUGCUGUACCACUUCCCCAUGACCUGCGCCUCCGUGGGCAUCGCCAGCAACUUCACCUUCCUCAGCGUCAUCCUGCUCCUCAGCUACCUGCAGUGGGAGUGGGGGGGCAUCUGGCCCCGCGCCCGCCCCUCUCAGGGCCGGAGGAGAAACAGCCUUCCCAGGGGGGCGCGCCAUCAUCGGGUGGCGGUUCCUGCUCCCAUCACUGCCCCAGAGCCCCAAGACCAGGAGGAGCCCCGCCAGCAAAGGGACGUUGGAGAGGACGGAGAGGGCCCUGGGGAAGGCCCGGAGGAGCCCCAAGGGGCAGAGGGACCUGCGGCGGCCGUGGAGGAGAAGAAGCCGGACCGGCAGCCCGAGAACGGGGGCGAGGAGGAGCCCGCGGAGGCCAGCGACGGCUCUGGCUCCUGGGAAGACGCGGCCCUGGUGGAGGCCAACCCGCCUGCCGCCGCUGCCCCUGCCGCGGCCCCGGAGACGCUGGGCAGCGCCGAGCCCGCCAGCACCCUGCGCCAGCGCUCCACCUGCUCCAGCUCCUGAGCUCUGGCACCCCACAUUCCAG